CCGCUGACGUCGGUGCUGCUGUGCGCCUUAUCCCACCUGGCGUAGGUUAAGGAAAUGGUGGUUAAAAGUGCUAUAUUACGCAUCUUCAAGAGUCAAAACUGUCCGUUAUAACCUGGACACAACAAUGUUUGGGGAUUUUGGCUUUUUUCUCACUCAUCGUUUUGAAGAUUGCCCUCGAAGUUUAAUUCAAGUUUCAGGUUCACUGUCUAGCAUACGUCGCGCCUUUACAUUUUUCCAGUUCCUGCAUUUUUUCGGAGGAACAGAAGCUCAAAUUAGGGUUUUGUAGUUGUGUAAACUCACUCGUUUAGCCUGUAGAUUUUAGGGUGUUUAUUUGGGUGGUUAAUUAAUUCAAUAUUCUCAUGAGUUAUUGUGGUUAUGGUACUCUCUGUUGAAUGGUGAUGAAGUGUGUGGAUAUACCAGAAUGGCUUAAAAGGUUGCCCCUGGCACCUGAAUUUCGACCUACUGAUACUGAAUUUGCUGACCCCAUUGCUUAUAUAUCCAAAAUUGAGAAGGAAGCUAGUGCUUUUGGUAUUUGCAAGGUGAUUCCACCAUUGCCUAAACCUUCAAAGAAGUAUGUGGUUCAUAACUUGAAUAAAUCUCUAUCCAAGUGCCCCGAGUUGGGUUUGAAUGCCAAUCGUGAUACUUCGUCUACAACAAGUGGUGAGGAUGAGGGAAAUGUUGAUGGUGGAGAAUUUAGGGCAGUUUUUACCACGCGGCAUCAAGAAUUGGGGCGUAGUGAAAAGAAGAAGAUAAAAAGGGAAUUUGGUUUUCAAAUAUUGGGAGCUCAGAAGCAAGUGUGGCAAAGUGGAGAAGUUUAUACAUUAGAGCAGUUUGAAGCCAAAUCGAAGAAUUUUGCUAGGAGUCAAUUGGGCGUGGUUAAGGAGCUUUCUCCAUUAGUUGUGGAGGCAAUGUUUUGGAAGAGGGCUUCCGAGGACCCUAUCUACGUGGAGUAUGCAAAUGAUGUGCCCGGUUCUGCAUUUGGGGAUCCUGAGGGACACUUUCAUUAUUUUCGCAGGAGGAGAAGGAGGGGGAAGAGGACAAUUCCCGAUAGAAAUAGGCGACGAAAUUCUAGUUAUAAGAAUGAUGGAGUAGGUACUUCUGGUAAUAGUGCGGACAAAAGUCCAUGUCAUAGCGUAGAGACACGAUCCGCUUCUUUGUUGACCCCUCCAUCAAAGAAAAUAACAAACUCGUCCCUUUUUAGGCCAAAAGAUUGUAGUAAUGCUGGUGCAAUGGAAGGUAGUGCUGGUUGGAACCUUUCAAACAGUCCUUGGAAUUUGCAAGUAAUUGCACGGUCGCCUGGGUCACUGACUCGCUUCAUGCCAGAUGAUAUCCCCGGUGUUACUUCUCCUAUGGUCUAUAUAGGGAUGUUGUUUAGCUGGUUUGCUUGGCAUGUUGAGGAUCACGAGCUUCAUAGUUUGAAUUUUCUUCAUACGGGAUCCCCUAAGACUUGGUAUGCUGUGCCAGGAGAUUAUGCAUUUAAUUUUGAAGAAGUCAUUCGUCAUCAUGCUUAUGGAGGAAAUACUGAUCGAUUAGCUGCUCUUACGCUAUUGGGCGAGAAGACCACUCUUUUAUCACCUGAAGUUGUUGUAGCAUCAGGCAUCCCCUGCUGCAGAUUGGUACAGAAUCCUGGUGAAUUUGUUGUCACUUUUCCGAGGGCCUACCAUAUAGGUUUCAGCCAUGGCUUCAAUUGUGGCGAGGCUGCCAACUUCGGUACUCCACAGUGGCUUACAGUUGCCAAAGAAGCUGCUGUUCGUCGGGCUGCCAUGAACUAUCUGCCUAUGCUAUCUCAUCAGCAGUUGCUUUAUCUGUUGACCAUGUCUUUUGUUUCAAGUGUGCCAAGGUCCUUGCUACCUGGGGUGCGAACCUCUCGUCUGAGAGAUCGUCAGAAGGAAGAAAAGGAGCUUCUGGUAAAGAAAGCCUUCCUGGAAGAUAUAGAAAAAGAGAAUGACCUGGUAAAAGUUUUGCUUCAGAAAAGCUUUUCUGACAAUGCAGUGUUGUGGGAUGUGGAUAUGCUGCCGUCUUCAGGUAAAGAAUCUGAACUGCACAAGCAUGCUAGUGUGGAUGCUUCUAGAGGGAAUGAUCAGUCUGACAAUAUCGAUAGUCAGGAUCUAUUAGACCAGAUGAGCUUAUACAUGGAUAAUUACAGUGACUUCUAUGUGGAUGAUGAUGUGUCAUGUGACUUUGAAGUCGAUUCGGGGACAUUACCCUGUAUAGCUUGUGGGAUUCUUGGUUUUCCAUUUAUGGCUCUGGUGCAACCAUCGAAAAAGGCUGCGGAACACCUUUUCCCAGAGGAUUUUCAGAAUAAACAAGAUUCUGGAGCGGUGAAACAUGUGGAGUCGGAUUGCCAUUCAGAUCUUAGGGGCAUGAUUGAGGACUAUAAUAGAGUUGACAGAAUGGAAAGAAAUGGGGGGCAUUUCCUAAACCAUGAUGAAGUAUCUUUGUCUUCCCAGCCAAGUGAAUCUGUAGUUACUCCACAUGAGGGUCAAACAUCACAGUCUCAUAAUCCAUCACAUACAGAUAAUGCAGCUCUGACUUCAAAAGUUGAGCUCGAGAAGGAAUGGGAUUUUUGUAGGAGUUUUGUGAGACCACGGAUAUUUUGCCUUGAGCAUGCAAUUCAGACUGAAGAACUUCUGCAUGCUAAAGGUGGAGCAAAUGUUCUUGUGAUCUGCCAUUCAGACUUUCAGAAAAUCAGUUCACAUGCCACAAUUGUUGCAGAGGAAAUUGGCACGACAUUCAAAUAUAAUGAGAUUACGCUGGCUAAUGCAUCUCAAGGACAUCUUUCGUUGAUUGAUCUAGCAAUCGUGGAUGAAGAACAAGACAAAUGUACAGAAGAUUGGACAUUGAAAUUAAAUAUCAAUUUAAGGCACUGUGUGAAGGUGCAAAAGAAUUGUCCACUUAAGAAGUUAAAACAUGCAUUGACUUUGGGUGGAUUGUUCUCUGAUUCAACUCUUAGUUCAGAAUCCUUGAAUCUCAAGUGGCAGUCCAGAAAAGUACGCUCAAAGAAGAAGUCUAAUAAUUCAACAGAAAGUCCACCAUUCGCAAAUGUUCAAAUAGAGAAGGUACUUGAUUCAGGAUCUAUAGUGGGCAGGCAGAGUACCAGAAAGGGAAAUAUAACCAUCCAGUAUUCCAGGAAAAAAUACAAGUCUAAGGCUUGUAGUUGUGCGGAGGUCACUAGCGCUUUUGUGGAUCCUUUUAAUGCUUUGACGGAGGAAGUUUUGCUUACAGAUGCAAAAACAUUGGGAAGUAGUACUCUCAUCAGGGAUGAAAAUGCAGGCACGGCUUCUUCAGGGGAAAGUUGUUUUGCUGCUUCUGAGGGGAAACCAGGACUGCAUCACGAACAUGAGAUGCUUUUGGUAAAUAGAGAUCAAAAUGGAAAUCUCCUUGAAUCACAAGAAGCAGAUUUACUUGUUACCUCUUCUGUAAUGGUGGAAUUCAGUGAGGCCCAGGCUGAAAUGUGUACUACUGAGAAGUUUUCAAUGGAGGAAAAAACUUGUCAUACAAAUUCAAACAAUUGCCAUGCAGAGCAUAAGACCACGGCUCCAGAGAUUAGUGGAGAAACUGAGGUAGCUCAUGUGAAUACUCCUGCAUGUACAACCAUACCUGUGGUUCAGAGUACUGCAAAUAAUGAAAAUUUGAGGGAGAAUCAGGAUACGACAGAAUCUGGCAUCAGAAAUAAGUCUGCUCAUCUGACGGAAGCAGAUUUUGAAAGAGAUCAUCAUGGAGAGGCUGAUAAAACUAUUAUGACCAGAUCUCCCGUGCCUGUCAACUCCUCAGGAUCUUGCACUGAUGGUCCUUCAAGAAGUUGUGAUGAGCAGAUUGAGGAUCAAUCUCCAGAACAAUCUGGCUCAGGUGACGAGGCAUCUGAUAAUGAGACUUCGGACAACUCCGUGGAGCAAAAAAUCCAAAUUGAUAAUGCAGAUCAAGGUAUAGCUGUCUCUGACCAUGUCACACCAAUAGAAGAAGCUUCCACCUCAGCAGGAAGUCUCAAAGUGACAAGAGAGACAUCGAGUCCUAAGCACUCACAGAGUGGUGAUAAUAUCUCCGAGAGGCAUAAGAAAGAGUCAAAUGAUGAUACUUCUCCAAUAGUGUCUAGGCCAAUUGCAAAAAGUGGUGGCAAAAGAAGGCGUGAGCUAGAACUCCUAACAUAUGAUGGAUGUAGCAUUGGUGGCUUUGUUAAAAGCCCAUGUGAAGGUUUAAGGCCACGGGCUAGGAAGAAUGUUCUUGGGAGCAGAGUUGAUACUAAGGAACCUCUGGAGGAUAAAUCAAUGGGGAAGAAGGUGAAGACAUCUUUACAGAGGAAGGGGACUCACAGGUGUGACCUGGAAGGCUGCCGGAUGAGUUUCCAAACAAAGGUAGAGCUGCAACUGCACAAACGUAAUCGUUGCCCCAUUGAAGGAUGUGGGAAGAAAUUUACAUCCCACAAAUAUGCUCUGGUUCAUCAACGCGUUCAUGAAAAUGAUAGGCCCCUCAGAUGUCCGUGGAAAGGCUGCACCAUGACAUUCAAGUGGGCCUGGGCAAGGACUGAACAUUUGCGUGUGCAUACUGGGGAGCGGCCAUAUAAGUGCAAGGUUGAGGGUUGUGGACUCACCUUCAGGUUUGUAUCAGAUUAUAGUCGGCAUAGACGGAAAACUGGUCAUUAUGUAGAAGCGGCCAACAGAUGUUAGUUACUAUAAUCAGGUUGGUUGUGUAAUAUACCAUUUAACUCGACUGCUAGAGUGCGGAUUCAAGGGUUGAAAGACAAUCUUAAGAAUCAUGUAAACUAAUGCGCUCUUGUCAUUUUAGCAUGGGUAGGAGUAGUGUUCUUCGUUUGUAGAGUGCCUGUUUUCAGGAUUAAUUUUCAAUUUUAAAUAUAAAAUUGCAUGUCAUUCUUUCAAA